GAUUUUCUCGGUCAGCAGUUCAGCGAGGCGAAGUGAACCUUGAAGAAGGAGCAAAUUGGUCCCUAGAAAUCAAGAUGACUAAAAUACCACCUAAGUAUGAUGAUCUUGGCAAGGAAUCUAGGGAUGUCUUUGGAAAGGGCUAUGGUUUUGGAUUUGUCAAGUUGGACCUCAAGACCAAAACAAAGAAGGGAGUGGAAUUCAAAACCAAUGGCUCAUCCAACAAUGAAACUGGAAAGGUGUUUGGAAGUUUAGAGACCAAGUACAAGUUUGAUGACUAUGGUAUCACUUUGUCUGAGAAAUGGACCACUGAUAAUGUUCUCAGCUCUGACAUCGUCGUUGAGGAUCAGAUUGCCAAAGGACUCAAGCUGGAAUUUGACACCACAUUUGCCCCUAAUACUGGAAAAAAGUCAGCCAAGAUCAAGAGUGCAUACAAGUCAGACUACGUCCAUGGUACUGCUGAUGUAGACUUUGAUUUUGCUGGACCUACUGUUCAAGCAUCUGGAGUAGUUGGGUACGAAGGCUGGGUAGCUGGAUAUCAAGCAGCUUAUGACACCUCCAAGUCCAAACUGAUAGCUAACAACUUUUCUCUUGGUUAUCGAUCCAGUGAUUUCCAGAUUCACUCUUCUGUACAUGAUGCUUCAAAGUUUAUGGGAUCCAUCUAUCACCAGAUCAAUAAGAAUCUUGAAGUUGCUGCGCAGCUGAACUGGAACACUGGUAGCAGCAACACCUCCUUCCAGGCUGGUUGUAAAUAUGAUGUUGAUAAGGAUUCAUGUAUAAGGGCCAAGGUGAAUAACAGUAGUCAUCUAGGAUUAGCCUACACACAGAAAAUGCGUGAUGGCAUUAAGGCCACACUCUCUUCACAUAUUGAUACCAAAAACCUCAAUAGUGGAGGACACAAACUUGGCCUUUGGCUGGAAAUGGAAGCCUAAGCUACCAAUCAAUGGUUUGUAAGAAGUGUUAGCAAACAGUGAUCAUUCUUAAAAAUCAGUUACUCUUAAACAAGCAAGAAGCUUUUGAAAUUUUCCAGUACCGGCGAAGUAUACCAGUUAAUUAAAGUAUGUUAAAGUGACGUGGAAGUUGACAUGACUUUACCAUGCUUUAAACCAUGAUAAUAUGUGUAAUGUGGUGUUUAACAAACCAGGUUGUUUCUUAUUUGGAAAAAUCAAUAAAUGCGUAAAAUACUUAAUAGAA